AUGGGUCUUACAUUCUCGAAGCUUUUUGACAGGCUAUGGGGCAAGAAAGAGAUGAGAAUUCUGAUGGUUGGCCUCGACGCGGCCGGAAAGACCACCAUCUUGUACAAGCUCAAGCUGGGCGAAAUUGUCACCACCAUCCCAACAAUCGGUUUCAACGUUGAGACGGUCGAGUACAAGAACAUUCAGUUCACAGUGUGGGACGUGGGUGGACAAGACAAGAUUCGACCUCUGUGGAGGCAUUACUUCCAGAACACGCAGGGCAUCAUCUUCGUUGUCGACUCCAACGACAGAGAUCGUAUCGUGGAAGCGCGUGAGGAACUCCAGCGCAUGCUUAACGAGGACGAGCUGCGUGAUGCCCUGCUCUUGGUCUUUGCCAACAAACAGGAUCUUCCCAAUGCCAUGAAUGCUGCCGAAAUCACCGAUAAGCUUGGCCUUCACAGUCUCCGACAACGUGCCUGGUACAUCCAAUCCACCUGCGCUACCUCCGGUGAUGGUCUCUACGAAGGUCUCGAAUGGUUGAGCAACUCUCUCCGCAAGGCCGGUCACAACUGA